AUGCCAACAAGCUCCCCAAUCACACUCAGAGAGGACAAGCAGAGCUACAAAUACGGAAUAAUUGCCAAGCUAUCAAUAAUUAAUGACCACUUAACUAUGAUUCAAGAGGAAUUCCUGGUUGUCGAAAAGCCCUGUGAUAAUGCUGAUGAAAAGCAUUAUCAGAAACUGAUUAUCUCAGACAAUGGUGCAUUGUUUGAGGACAAGUCAAAACAGAGCAAGACCGAGGAGCAAAGAAAGAGCCGGGGUCAGCAGGCGAAAGAGACAGUUACCUGGCCGGCACAGGGUCGAGAGGCCCCGGCCCUUGAUUCCCGCCUGCCCCGCCAUGCGCGGCCCCCACCCGGGACCCCGGCUUCCAAGCCGACUCCUCGGGCCCGCCCCACCCCCGCGCCCAAGACGAGGGGCCACAACUGCAGGCAGACGCCGCGCGCGGGCCACUCGGAGACUCACCUCCCCCGGAUGCGCUACACCAUCAAUGGAGAGUACAUCAUGAGAAAUGCUGGGCUGGAGGAGGCACAAGCUGGAAUCAAGAUUGCCAGGAGAAAUAUCAAUAACUUCAGAUAUGCAGAUGACACCACCCUUAUGGCAGAAAGUGAAGAAGAACUAAAGCGCCUCUUGAUGAAAGUGAAAGAGCUCAGGGAGGCCCUGGCCUACAGGAUCUGGAAACUUGGGAACACUCAGGUCCAAAGGACUACCUUCUUCAUGAUCCCACCUUUUGAAAACAUCUGAAAAAAAAAAAAAAGAAAACAUCUGAAGAUCUGAUGGACUCCGUUCUCCAGGUUUGCCCUCUCCUUUAGCUGAUUCCUUCUGAGGUCAUACUCUUGGACAUCAAUCACUAUUUUUUUUUUAAUCUCUGCAAUUAAAAAAAAAAAAAUCUUGGGUCUUCCCUAGUGGUCCAGUGGCUAAGACUCUGCACUUCCACUGCAAGGGGCACAGGUUUGAUCCCUGGUCAGGGAACUGUGAUCCCAUCUGCUGUACACUG